AUGUUUCACCACUUCCAAUCUCACAGAUUUUUAAUAGGGAGUACAAAAUUACUUUUUUUUUUUUUUCUCUCUCUUUCUUUUACUUUUUUUAAGCUUUGUUCUUAUAGUAUCGCCACUUCACCAAGUGUUUAUCAAUUUCUUUUCAAUUUGUUGUUGCUUUUCUUUUUUUUCUUUCUUUUGUUUCAUUCAUCAAUUGUUGCCCGAUAUUCUUGCUUAUAUAACAUCAAUUGCAUCAUAUUGAAGCUUUUAAUACUGGAUACCUCAGUUGAAAAUCUCAGUUGUUUAUUUUACUUCAUCCCUCAAACCAAGUCAUCUUCUCAAUUAGUUACGAGUUACGGGUUGCAGGGGUCAUAUUUUCUUUUUAAGAAAAAAAUAAAAUAA